AUGGUGGAAACAGAUGGUUGUAGUUCUUGUUUGACAGCAAUCAGGGUUCUGCGAGUUUCCCUCGUGGAUGAACUAGAAGGACAGAUUGACUCUCUGCUGGAAAUCUUAGUAAUUCGGGAGGUGUUCACUCGUGAUGACCGUGAGGAGGUGUUGUGUCAGUUGGGGCCCCGGGCAAGAGUUAGAAAGGUGUUGGAUAUCCUGGAGUGUAAAGGCGAGGAAGCUGCUAAGAUUUUUCUCUCAAUUAGCAGUCAACAAGAAGCACAGACACACUCCAAAGAAGGCAUCACACACCAGCCUCAGUCCGAAGAGUAUAACAAAGUCAAACAAAAGCACAGAGACGUCGUCAGGCGUCGGAGUGAGAGCAUGCUCUUCUACAACACUCGACACGGAGAGAAAAUCCUUUUUUCCGAACAUUAUGUCAAUCUCUUGUUGGUCGACGGACACCAGGGCUUGGAGGUAAAAAGACAUGAGGUGCUGACGUUUGGACAGAAGCGACUGUUUUUGCAGCAGAAUUCAGCGGUGCAUAGGAAAAUCGCACCAGCCAAACUCUUUUCAAGCACAAACGGAAACCGUCCAGUCAAGAAGGUUCUGGUGACGGGGGUGGCUGGCAUCGGAAAAACCAUCCUGGUGCAGAAGAUGCUGUUCGAUUUUGGGGCAAACAAGAGCCAUCUUGCAUUUGACUUCAUCAUCCACAUGACCUUCAGAGACCUGAAUCUGAUAGACAAACCUACAAACUUCCGGGAGUUGGUCUUGCGUAAAAACAGGCACCUGGCUAAGGAACUGGAUAACAUGUUAGCAAAUGACAACAAACUGUUGAUCAUCUUGGACGGCUUUGAUGAGUUCAGACAGUAUAGGAGCUGCGAUGUAGACGUAUUUGUGACUGAGCCAGAUGAAGAUGCGGAGGUGGUGGAGGUCGUUGGGAGUCUGAUACAGGGUGAACUGCUGCCCAGAGCUUCUGUCAUGCUCACAAGUCGACCUGCAGCUAUUAACCACAUACCUGUGGGCUGCAUCGACCGCUUUGUGCUCAUAUCUGGCUUCUCCCUGGUUGAAGUUCAAGACUUCUUCUUACGUUACUUCCAAGACAGUGCCCUUGCUGACCGCAUGUUUGCCGUGGUCUCAGCGAAUGAUUUAAUGCUGACACUGUGCUACAUACCUGCAUUUUGCUACAUUGUGUGCUGCAUCCUCAAAGAAAGCAAAGACCUCUGUGGAGAGAGCCCCAAAACCAUGACGGACAUUUAUGUGCAGUAUCUGGUGGCCUUGCUUCGCUCUCACACUCAACCAAGAGCCGAAACAUUUCUCCAAGAGAAAAGAUUGGAGGCUGUCCAGCAGCUGUCUGGUAUGGUGCUGAAGCUGGGUCGACUCGCCUUUCAAAAGCUAAUGGAGCAUCAAACACUAUUCUACAGCAGCGACCGAGAUGUAGCAGCAUUGGAGGGAUGCAGCCUUGUUAGCACCUUCCUUGACAAGACGGUGACACAAGAGCCCGGCUGCACUGAAGAGGUUUACUCCUUUGCACACCUUACUGUUCAAGAGUUCUUUGCUGCAGUUUAUUGUGCAGUGUCAGAACACCCUUUACCUGAUGCACUUCAGCACACUUCAAGUCCUGGGGAGGGGUCCAACUACGGACACUUGGACCUUUUCAACCGCUUCCUGUCUGGAAUCCUCUCUGAACGCAAUGGCAAUCUUCUGUUGAGGCAGGUGGGGUUGUGUUGCCAUAGAGAAAAAGUGCACACUUAUCGUCAGAAGAUCAUCAGAGAACUCACAAUGCUCUGCGAGAAUGGGGCCAAUAUCCUUAACCAUUUACACUGUCUGUUUGAGCAACAGGACCCCUCUUUGGCCCUUAAUGUACAACCAGUUACACUGCGAGUUAAUGUUAGUGACGAAACACUCACCCAAAUGGAUUACAAUGCCAUCACUUACUUCCUAAAUCUUACAAAGGGCAAAAUAUCAGAGCUGGAUCUGACAGGAACGGGAGCAAGCUGUGAGGCACUUAGAGAUAUUCAGCCCCUGCUGCUCAGAAGUGAGAAGCUUUGGCUUGGAGAAAACAUCCUCGAUAUGAACACAGUUCAGGUCAUUGCUGAUGUGCUGCGAUUGUCAGACAGUAUAACCCACUUAGGACUUGGAUGGUCUAAUAUCGGUGAUGAUGAACUACUAGUACUUUCUGCAGCCACACGGGUGAAAAGAAAGCUUAAAGAAUUGUGGAUCGAGGGAAACCGAGUGACCUACAGGGGUCUGCUGUCACUCGGAGACAUGACCCCAAAUCCUCUGAAAAGAGUUGUAGCCAUAUGGAAUGACCUGGCUGACACAGACACAGGGUGCUUAGACAACCAAGAGAGCAUAACUGUGAACUUCUCAGAUGACGAUACGUGGGAACAGUGGGGGGAAUGGGUCUUCAAAAGGUGUGAGGUCAGCAGCAACGAGAAGUUGGUGAUGGUACUCCACAAAGUGUGCAACAUAUCAGUCCACUGCUUAGAAACCCAGUGGGCGAAGACCUUCUACAAGCAACUAUCACAGCUCAUCACAUGCAGGAUUGAGUGCUGCACUGAGGAUGACAUGUGCAAGAAGCUCAAAAAGUUUGAGAGCAUUUUGAACUUCUGA